AAUUCUGUUUUUAUUUACCUGUACGACGAUAUGAAAUUAUGAUUAUACAAAUAUUAAAAUACUUUAAUUUGGAUUGCAGUUUUAUUUAUGAAACUGUCCUUUUGCGUCGAAAUAAUAACGGAUUCUGCUAACUUGGUUACAAAUGACCAUGUGCCAAAAUGACCUCUUAAACUCCAAGGACUGUGCUGAUUGACACAUUAUUCAUGUUGAGACUUAAUGGCUCCAUCUUCUUUCCUGCUUUUUUUCCAUUGGGAAGAUGACGCCGUGUAUUUUCCGGACACUGCCAAACUGUCAGAGUAUGUGCUGAACGACAGCGGCUGCAUGUUCACCGGAACAGACCGCCAGAUUGGAGCUAUCCCAUGGUUCUAUGGGCAGUUCGAACCCGGUAUUCUGGAGGCUACUAUGUUAUGUUUGCAAAAGGCAUUCAACUUCCGGUCCGUGUCUGCCAUGGGAGAUCCCGUGCACGUGUCACGUGCCAUUUCGAGAAUAGUUAACAGUCAAGAUGACAACGGAGUGAUGGUGGGUGACUGGUCCGGUUGCUAUGACAAUGGCCGGCCUCCACUCAGCUGGGUGGGGAGCGUCGCCAUCCUUCGCCAGUACAUGAAGUCAGGGCUCCCGGUUAAGUACGGACAGUGCUACGCGUUCGCAGGCGUCGUAACAACGAUGUGUCGCGCCCUUGGACUGCCGUGUCGACCGGUGACAAACUUCUCGUCGGCCCAUGACACUGACGGCAGCGUCACCCUGGACGUUCACUGGAACUUCACCGGAAACACCGAGCUGAAGGAUCUUAACACAGACUCCAUGUGGAACUUCCACGUGUUCAACACGGUCUGGAUGCGCCGGAAGGACCUAACAUUUGGACACGACGGCUGGCAGGUGAUUGAUGCUACACCUCAGGAAAUCAGCGGCGGUAUGUAUGCGUGCGGUCCCAGCCCCGUUGCGGCCAUUUUAAAUGGUCGCUGUGACGUCGUGUAUGAUACGUCAUUCCUGUUCGCCGCCGUCAAUGCCGACCGCGUGCACUGGGGCCGACAGAAAGACGACACGUGGAAAGUGAUUGCUAUAGAAACAUCUGCGACCGGGAAACGUCUGUGCACUAAGGUAGCCGACGGACGCCCGGUGUCCGCGUCACUUACGCACUGCGAUAACUUGAUAGAUGACGUCACUGACCAAUUCAAACAUAAAGAAGAUACCGGAAGGGAACGCGCGUCAGUGGUGUUAGCCAGUACACUGUCACCUAGAGCGCGCAAAGACGUCUACAGUAAACAAAACGAUAUUGAAAUGACUGUCCAAGGACCAGAUAACGUCAUGGUUGGUUUUGACGUCAGCAUAUCAGUCACGUGUAAGAACAAGAGUGAGGAAAAGAGACAUCUUGAGGGUAACGUGUUUGUUGAGGUCAUCACAUACACGGGGAAAACGUUAGCCACGUGCAAAGUCGAGGAGGCAAAACUGACUCUUGGUGGCUUCGAACGUAAAUUACUCGCCAUUCCUGUGAAGGCUGCAUCAUAUAUUGACCACGUGACAGAGGCGGCUAUGUUGAAAGUGUCGAUACUGAUGCGUGACACUCAACGUGAUAACCUGUAUGUCGCCCAGGAGACGUUCCGAUUGAGAACCCCGGAUUUAAACAUCAAAUGUUACAACAGCAGUUGCCAAGUGGACAGGGAGGUGACCCUGCGUAUGAGCUUCUCAAACCCUUUGGAUCGACCCCUUACCCAGAGUUACCUCUACGUGGAGAGCGCAGGUGCAGAUGAUCCACGCCUACUUCCCGUGAGGAGCACGCCUGCUUCGUGUGAUAUGACAUGCGACGUAGAACUGACGUUUCAAAGAAAGGGACGUCACUCAAUUUACGCGAACUUCUUCUGCAAAGAGCUUCACAGCGUCAAGGGCGUCUUUGAAGUUUAUGUGCAGUAAUAAACAUCCACAAACUCCAGUCCUAAAAUUGACCUCUUUCUUGUAUGUUUCAAGAGAUAUGGUAAUACAUUUCAUUUAUGUAAUAUUCAAAUGAAUGGACUAUGACGUGUUAACGACAUUCGUGUCGUGGUUCAAUGUGGAAUCUGAACGCGUUUUAAUUUUUCGUUUACCGAGCUUCAGAUAGCAUAAUCUACCGCAAUAGUUAAAAGAAUUAUAUGAAGUCAUGUAUAUAGUUAAGACAUACAUAUAAAUAGUGACACAUUUCAAUUGCAGUAUAUUAACAGUAAAGCAGUCAUUUUUGGAAGUAUUGUAGUUCUUUCAGACACGGGGGAAGGUCAAUCUAUAUGGCCAGAGACGUAGAUGUUAUCUAUCUGUUAUGGUAUAAUUAUGCAUUUAGUAUGCAUUUAUUGUGCAUUGAGAUGUUCAUAGAGUUUAACGCCGGUGCGAUUAUAUGAAUGAAGCGCUUUUGAGGCAUCGCGGUACAUGAAGGAUACAGAUUAAGUAAAGGAACAAAUAAUAAGUUUAACAAAUACGUUAGAGUACGUUAACAAACGAAAACAUGAUUGUCACACGUGUAUAGUAAAACUUGUUAAAACUUGCUCGGAACAUUGUUUACUGCGACAAUUUAUCAAAUGAGAAUAGCUCUAAUUCUAUUUUGAAUGUAUCUCAUAAAUAAAUACAAUUCACCCACAUUUUAUCACAUAUGUUUUAUUUAUCAAGAUAAUAAUCGCUUACAGUAUACAUGUAAUUAUAAUAAUGUUACAACUACAUUUUAUUAUUUAUUUUUUAAUAGUAUGGUAAUAAAAUAUGUA